CGCUUAUCAGGGGCAUUGAUCAAAUUUUGUUUAAUGAUUCUCUCAAUAAUUUCGGUGUGAAUAAGUGGACUAUUCAAUAAAAGUGUAUUUCGAAAUUGGCUUACCAACAUUUUGAGUCACCUGGAAUAGUCCAAUAAACUAAAAUCUAUAUGUCUGCAAUGAUUCAUCGACACCUAUUUGGUUAUAAUCGCGGCUCAAUAGUUGCCGGGUUUUCAAGGAUAAAGGGAUCAAUUUCAUUGCGAGAAGCAAGCACCAUCAGCCGUGAGACAUAUCCAUAUCGGAUACGAAAUGGAAUAAUCAAUCAAUAUGUAUGUACCAGCUGGAAAUCAUCAAUUCGCAAAUUCUGUCGUUCCAUACAUACGAUUCUUAACGUUAAAGUGGAAUGUUCCAUGACGAGACAUCAGUCUACACAACGUCACUCAUCGAUUCUGUCUACGGUUGUUUCAAAAUGGAACAAUCCAGCUCCUUUGGAAAACGCUUCGGGCAUCAACCGUUACACCAGUCGGACUCACAACUGCGGAGAGCUUCGAUCCUCAGAUGAUGGCAAACACGUGACCCUUUGUGGAUGGUUGCAAUUUUCGCGAUUGAACAAGUUCUUCACCCUUCGAGAUGGUUACGGCGUCACUCAGGUAGUGGUACCGGAAAAUCUUGCUCCCAGUCUGAAUCUGUCUAGCAUUUCCUACGAAAGCAUUCUUCGGGUGGAGGGAACGGUUAUGAUGCGGCCUCCAGAACAACGUAGAGCUGGGGACUCUACCGGUGAAAUUGAAGUGCUGCUGAUUAAGCUCGAGGUGCUGAAUGACGCCCGGAAGCGUUUGCCGAUGGAUAUCAAACAGCAUAACAGAGCAAGAGAAAACGUUCGCAUGGAGCAUCGUUACAUCGAUUUGAGGAAUCCAGAUUUGCAGAAAAAUCUUCGGUUGCGAUCCCAAAUAAUAAUGAAGAUGCGUGAGUACAUGAUCAACAGCUGCGGUUUUGUAGAAGUGGAAACUCCGACUCUUUUCCGUAGGACUCCGGGGGGAGCCCAGGAAUUUGUCGUGCCAACUCGUAAAAAGGGUCAUUUUUACUCGCUAGUGCAAAGUCCUCAACAGUUCAAACAAAUGCUGAUGUCCGGCGGCAUCGAUCGGUACUUUCAAAUAGCCCGUUGCUACCGUGAUGAAGCCACUCGUCCAGAUCGUCAACCAGAAUUUACCCAGCUUGAUAUCGAGCUGUCCUUUACGAAACGGGAACAAAUUAUGUCUCUGGUGGAAGAAGUCCUGGCUAGCUCGUGGCCUCUGAAAGGUGAGUCUCUCAAGAUCCCCUUCCCAAAGUUAACAUACCGAGAGGCAAUGGAACGAUUUGGCUGUGACAAACCGGAUAUGAGAUUUGGAUUCGAGUUGUACAAUGUAACGGAUAUUUUGAUGAAGAACGAAAUGCUACAUUCGGGACAAGAUUCUUCGAACUUUGGAGCCUAUGCAAUCGUUGCUACAACUCCACAUAACGUUGAAUCUGGUGCCUUCAAAAAAGUUGUAAAGAAGCUGACGAAAGAGUUUAAAAAAUGCAGAUUCGUUUCCGGUAUUAUUAAAGAGGAUUGGGUUGAUUCUCCACAAGCAAAACUUUUGGGUAGCACUCUAUCGGAUUUGGCUAAGCAGAUGAGCUUGGAGCCAGAAAGUCUGCUUCUCCUAGGUUACGGAAACAAAUCGGAUGUGCAAGAAAUGAUGGGUAAAGUUCGUUUGGAGUUCUACGCCGAUUUGGAAGCACAGAAUUUAGUACCUGAACGCAAACCUACUGAACAAAAAUUCCUAUGGGUUGUCGAUUUUCCCAUGUUUGCCUUCAAUGAAGAGUCCAACCAAUGGGAUAGCGUUCAUCAUCCUUUUACUACCGCACAUCCGGAUGAUCUACGGCUGCUUAAAUCCCAAUCGCAGCUGGACCAAAUCCGGUCCCAAUCGUUCGAUCUGGUUUGGAACGGUGUUGAAGUUGGGGGUGGAUCUGUUCGAAUUCACAACGCCCAGCUACAGCGCAUGGUUCUGGAUGACAUUUUGAAGAUUGAGCAUUCACAUCUACAGCAUUUAUUGGACGCACUUGAGUGUGGAUGUCCACCUCAUGGAGGAUUUGCCAUCGGAUUGGAUCGGUACAUUGCAUUGCUGUGUGGCGCGAGAUCCAUUCGGGAUGUUAUAGCCUUUCCUAAAUCGCUAGACGGUAAGGAUCCCUUGUCAAAGGCACCGGUACCGAUUAGUGAAGAAGAGAAAAAAAUGUAUCACAUACAGGUGAUUAAUGAGCCAAAAGUAGAAAGCUCCAGUGCAGAAAAAAAUAUUUAAGUUAAUCAUUAGGCUGUUUUUUUCAAUUAUUUUGCAAACUAAUAGAGAAUUUGUUUUCAAGUGGUGGUGCACCGGGGCACUACCGGUAGUGCACUUUUUGCUGUUUUCAUGCUCGUUUUCAUGAAGAGUAGUGCACUGGUAGUGCACCAUAAAGUGGACGGUGGAACACUCUGAAAAUAUUCGGUGUUGCUUGCGCUCUCACCAAUACUAUCAUGAAUUUUGACAGCACGUGCUUCCCGAUGUAAACAAAUAUCAGCUGGUUGGUUUAUUUCUAUACCGCAAAAUUGCGUUCGAACUGUUUUUUUCUCUUUAUUAUCCCGAAGAACGCAAACUUGUUCCGGAUUCAAUACCAGUGCCGUUUCCAACAGAGGCGGAGAAUUUCACCUGGAUGGCACGUUCCAAAGCAAACAACGCUCCCAAGAAGAAAUGUGCCCAGAAGGUUUGCUGCAAUCGGUUCCAGGCGAUGCCGAAAAAGAGCAGCAAAUCCGAGUGCAAAAAGGCCAACCCAAAGAUCUGGUGAAAUCGCCCAAACCGAAAAGUUUUCUUGUUCGGAGGGUCCUAUAAGUUGGUCUCCACAGCAAGAAGCGUUCAGCUGCAUCGAAGCUACUCUGCUUCGAGCUGUGCCUUAGGGUGACGAUGCUCGGUUGCGCCAAGUCCCGGAUUCCCACCCGUUGCCCUUCAAAAACGGUAGUUCGAGACUACACCCGCAUUGGGAGCUUGAAUUUCGUUCGUUUCGGUCUGUUAGCAAAAUUUUCUCCCCCGACUUCCACGAUCGGAGUUCGCUAAUUUGACUUCCAAGAAUUUUUCUUUUGUCAUCUGAAAACGGAAAUAGGUACUCGAGGUAUUUGCGAGGAAUAAACGUUCAAAAUAUCGGAACCUUCAAGCUGGGGUAACUGCAGUCUAGCAGCAGUAAACAUAGACCACCCAGAAUCAGCCGGUAUUGCAGUUACCAUCAGAGCCACAUGCGAAUCUACCAAGCAAAAUAAAUCUGAAAUCUUCACAAUUCAACAUAAUAAAUUCAUGCUAAAAUUUUCAUAUUAUUUAAAGAUAAUGAUCAACUAAAGUAAAUUUCAUUUCAAUUUUCGAAGUCAAACGAAAACAAAUACCAGCUGUAAUGGAUUUUUGACAGCUUGAUGUUUUCUGUUGACACUGCCGAUUUCACGUACACCAACAAAGGUGGGUGCAACACUCGAUUCAUGCUCGUUUUCAGCAUGGAUGGUGCAACACUUUCGGGUGGUGAAAACAAAUACGGUAUAAGUAUAGUGAAUAAACUAUUUAACCAUCUUAUUCUUAUUGUUUUACGUGUUUUAUCAAAGAACAAACUGAGUAAGUUACUUGACUUUAAUACAAACUAGCUUUUCGAUUUUUUAUCAUCAUAUCGACAGGAUAAAAAUAAACCUUCUAAACCAUAAAUCUCUUCGUGAUAGCUGGAGGUUUCCGGUUGGCCGAUGAAAAAUUUGUGUAUACCCCUAGCCGCGUUUCUGAGAAAACAAAACAUUUCGAGCAGAAACAGUAAGUAGUGACGGCAUUAGUUCGCUGGCGGUUACAUUUACACCCCCUACCUCCACGAGAAAACCAUGGUACCAACUCGGCCCGGUUAUAAUAAACAUGAAACCCAAAGCCAAAGCUUGCACGCGAUUCCAGCAUGAAUUAGCCAGGGGUAAU